AUGGGUGGUGGUGGAGAAGAUGAAUACGAAUCACUUCCAACGCACAGUAUUCCGGUUCAUCUGGCUGCUGGAGCACUUGCUGGUGCUGUCGAACAUUGUGUGAUGUUUCCUUUCGAUUCAGUUAAAACUAGAAUGCAGUCGCUAUGUCCGUGUGAAACGAAAUGCCCAACUCCAGUUCACUCUCUGAUGAGUAUCGUAAAACGAGAAGGAUGGCUCCGGCCUCUUCGUGGAGUUAACGCAGUCGCGGCUGGAUCCAUGCCAGCACAUGCUCUCUAUUUCACAGUUUACGAAAAGAUGAAAUCAUUUUUAACUGGAAACACAGCUGGACACGAACACACAUUGGCGUAUGGAGCUUCUGGAGUUGUUGCAACACUUAUCCACGACGCAGUCAUGAAUCCAGCUGAAGUGGUGAAACAGAGAAUGCAGAUGGCUUACUCGCCGUAUGGAUCUUCCCUAGAAUGCGCACGAUGUGUUUACAACCGUGAAGGAUUCGCUGCUUUCUACAGAAGCUACACAACACAGCUGGCAAUGAACGUCCCCUUCCAAGCAAUUCACUUCAUGGGAUACGAAUUUUGGCAGCAGGUGCUCAACCCUGAGCAUAAAUAUGAUCCGAAGUCACAUUUAAUCGCUGGAGGGCUUGCUGGAGGUUUAGCAGCUGCGGUGACGACGCCGAUGGAUUGUGUGAAAACUGUUCUGAAUACACAACAAGCAGCAGAGGCAGAUCCGUCGAAUAGGCGGAUUUUCUUAAAAGCAAGGUACCGCUAUCGUGGAAUCUCGGAUGCAGUACGGACAAUUUAUUCACAGAGGGGAAUGGCUGGAUUCUCAUGUGGAUUGCAAGCUAGGGUUAUAUUCCAGGUUCCGGCUACUGCUCUCUCCUGGUCCGUUUACGAGCUUUUCAAAUUUAUGCUAUCUUUCGAAGGAGGUCAUUCGAGCUGA